UCCGGUGCCUGUUCAUCCGAAUGAAAGGUGAGCGCGACUCUUCUAAAUCUGUUUUAUUCUUCAGAAACACACUCACACGCAACACACACACUCAUAAACAGAUUAUAACAGCACACAAUACACUCACAAUACACUACAUCUGAUCGAGCGCGUCACAUCAGCAGUAGUUAUGAGUGAAAGGGCAAUUUUGUCAUGGCUGGUCAAUGGCGCGCGCGCACGCACACGCACACACACACACGCUCUCUCUCUAUUUCUCACUCACUCACACACACACUCACUCACACUCUCUCUCUCUCUCACUCACUCACACACACACACUCUCUCUCUCUGUCUCUCUCUCACGCAAACACACACACACACUCUCUCUCUGUCUCUCUCUCACACACAGACACUCUCUCUCUCUCUCUCUCUCACACACACACACACAUAUAUAUAGUCAUGAUACAACAAACUUUUAAAGAUAUGAAAUAAAAAUGUGAUUUUCUAUAUGUAUAAAAUAUUUCCUGUCUGCUUUGAGUUGAUGUUUCUGCUGUAUAUUAAUGAUCAUGUUUCAUCUGCACUAACCAUUUCAUUUGUUCUCUAUUUCAACACUGGGACACUUUACAAUAAUGUUGCAUUUAUUAAUAUUACUGAUUCGUGUCCAUUUAUGAAACGCAAUCAUUCAUUGUUCAUAAUGUAUUAUAUUAACAUAUGAUCAUAUCUCACAUGACGACAUGUUGCACCAUUCAUAAGUGCUGAAAGAGUUUUGUUUAUUGUUUAUGUCAUUAACUUAUCAACAAAACAACCUUAUUGUGAACUGUUACCAUAAAAUAAUCAUUUAGUAACUUACAGUAAUAUCAAACAUUGUUGAUGAAUGAUGACGUCAUUUAACCAGCAGGUGGCAACAAAUGAAUGUCUUAAAGUAUUAAUGAACCCGAGUCAAUGAUCAUUUAUUAAAAUGUGCAUCAUAAGUGUUUUCCCUCAAAUGACAACAACACACGCCUAAACAUAAUAAUAAGUGACGCAGUUAUGACCUCAUUAUGAUGUCAUCUUUUACUCAUAGUUCAUCCUCCUGUCCUUCAGUGUGCCAACAGAUGCAGAUCUGACCAUGACUGAUUCAUUAUAUUAUAUAUUAUAUUAUAUUAUAUUAUAUUAUAUUAUAUUAGAGGGCCUGAGAUGAAAUUUAGGGGCGCUGAAGCUGUAUGAAAGCCUAUGCCCUGUAGAAUGAGAAUGCCCCCUAAUGCCACCCAUGUUUAUAGAUGAGUUCAGACUGGCACACUACUGUGAUAGUGUGUGUGUGUGUGUGCUGUGAUCACGUGUGUGUGUACUGUGAUCGUGCGUGUGUGUACUGUGAUCGCGUGUGUGUGUGUGUGUGUGUACUGUGAUCACGUGUGUGUGUGUACUGUGAUCGCGUGUGUGUGUGUACUGUGAUCGCGUGUGUGUGUGUGUGUACUGUGAUCGCGUGUGUGUGUGUGUGUACUGUGAUCACGUGUGUGUGUGUACUGUGAUCACGUGUGUGUGUGUACUGUGAUCACGUGUGUCUGUGGUUGUUUGGGGCAGUGGUGGCUCAGUGGUUGAGGCUCAGGGUUACUGACCAGAAGGUCGGGGGUUCAAGCCCCAGCACCACCAAGAUGCCAUUGUUGGGCCCUUGAGCAAGGCACUUAACUCCAGGUUGCUCCGGGGGGGAUUGUCCCUGUAAUAAGUGCUCUGUAUAAUACAUUGGUACUCAGAAGGUUGCUGGUUUGAUCCCCACAGUCACCACCAUUGUGUCCUUGAGUAAGGCACUUAACUCCAGGUUGCUCCGGGGGGAUUGUCCCUGUAAUAAGUGCACUAUGGCGUGUUUGAGCAGUCACAGUGUGUAUGUGCUGCAGCAGCUGCAGGAGCAGCGCAUUCAGGGUCUGCUGUGUGACUGUAUGCUGGUGGUGAAGGCCGUCUGUUUUAAAGCACACAAGAAUGUACUGGCGGCGUUCAGCGCAUACUUCAGAUCUCUGUUCCAGAACAGUCCAGCGCAGAAGAACGAUGUGUUUCACCUGAGCAUUCAGGACGUGAGCGGCAUCGGGCAGAUUCUGGAUUAUAUGUACACAUCACACCUGGAGCUCAACCAGGACAAUGUUCACACACUGAUGGAGAUCGCACAGUGUCUGCAGGUGUCUAAUGUUCUGAACAUGUGUCACGCGUUCCUGAAGCCGUGUGUCGCGGCGGACGCAGCGUUCUCUCUGUCCGCUGAUGUCACUCAUGAUCAGGACUGUGUGUUCGGCGGCUCUUUACCUCCAGAUGUGGAUCUUAUCGCCGACCAGUACAAACGAUCACAGCCGGCUCCGCCCCUUAGCAACGCGCCGCUAGAGACAGAUGGCGUGGCGCAGUCGGACCGCCAGCCGCUACACGGAUACAAACUCCGAAACUUCUACACCAAACAGUAUUUCAAACAGAACGCCUCUCAGAACAUCGGACCGACUGCCGCGGAGGAACAGUUCAACGCAAACGCCGUCAACCAAUCACUGCCACCGAACCAAACGCACGCAGCCAAUCCCGUGACAGACCCUGAGCCCGUGGCCCCGCCCACUCCUCGCGUUCUGCGUCCUAAAAAAGCCGUUUACCUGAAGAAGUUCAACUACCUGCGCUCGCACGUCAGUGUGGAGGACGACCUUCAUGAACAACAGGUGUCGACGCUGACAAACCCCGCCCACAGCGGCACAGACACGCCCACAGACCACUUGACCUCUGACCCCAUCGAGACUGUGACGUCUGACCCGGCAGAGGUGUCCGAGACCACGCCUGCAGCGGAGGCUAACGACCCGGAGUCGAGGGGUCACAGUGAGAGGUCAGAGGUCAGCAGUAAUAAGUAUUGUUGUGAAGUUUGUGGAAAGACGUUCAAACAUCCGAGUAACCUCGAGCUCCACAAGCGCUCACACACAGGUGAGAAACCGUUUCAGUGCAACGAGUGCGGGAAAUCUUUCUCUCAGGCAGGAAAUCUUCAGACUCAUUUACGGCGUCAUUCUGGAGAGAAACCGUACAUCUGUGAGCUCUGCGGGAAGAGUUUUGCAGCUUCAGGAGACGUUCAGCGGCACAUCCUCGUACAUUCAGGAGCGCGACCGCAUCUGUGUGAUAUCUGUGGACGAGGAUUCAGCAACUUCAGUAAUCUGAAAGAACACAAGAAAACUCACAGCACAGAUAAAGAGUUCGUCUGCGAUCAGUGCGGGAAAUCAUUUAACAUGCAGAGAAAACUCUUCAAACACAAACUCCGACACACGGGAGAGAAACCGUACUGCUGUCAGACCUGCGGCAAGUGUUUCGCGGGCUCCGGUGAUCUCCAGCGUCAUGUGCGUUCACACACAGGUGAGCGUCCGUAUGUUUGUGACACGUGCGGGAAAUGUUUCACACGCACCGCAGUCCUGCGCAGACACCGCAGCUCUCACUGCAGUCCCACAGACGUCUGCGCAGAAACGGCAGGACCUCAAUCCAGUGUCAGCUCACCUGCGUCUGCGCAGCCGGACACUCCUCCCCCUCUCUCUAAACCUGCGCUGACUGCGUUCAGCUGCGCACCUCUGCAGACUCCUCCCACUCACCUCUACAGAGCGUCUGUGGGUCUAUGCAGCAGUGGAGCGCUGUGGGGGCGGGCCAUGAAGACACUGCAGAGUGACACCGACCAAUGACAGUCCGAGUCUGUGCUGGAUUCAGCCAAUCAGAUGCUGCGACGUUCCCUUUCAUUUCUCUCAGGGAUUCUUUGGUGUUUUUCACUCAGAUGUUAUUUAUUAAUACAGCACAAAUACUAAUGAACUACUUGUGCAUUCAUUUUCUUCAGCAAGUAUUGAGACAUGUUUUAGUUUUAAAUAUGAAUAAUUAGCGCUGCUCACCUGAUCAUGUGAUGAUGGGAAGUUGCACACAAUCUUACUCUUAAAUGUUCUUACAUUCGCUCAUCUUUAAGCAGCUGUAUGUAUGUAUGUACAUUACUGUAUGACAUUUAAAGUGACAGUU